AUGCCUCGAGAGAACAGCUUCAGCGAUUCGGACGGCCGCUCCCUCACUCCCGACCUCGAGGACGAGCUCCAGCGCGAGCGUGAGCACGAAAUGGAUGUAGUAUCGUCGCCCGUGUCGCCCAGCGUCAAUCAGCAGCCACCAGACCUCGUUUUGUCCAUUCCACCCACCGCCCAGCCGAACUCGUCCGCUCGUGCCAAGCCCACCUCGAUUGCUUCCGUCAAAAGUCCCAAGUCUGUCAAAAGUCCCAAAAGCUACCAUGCUGCCGCCCGUGCCCAUGCGAGCCAUCGCUCUCCUGGCGAUCGCUUUCGCGCGACGGUGCGCAAAGUGAUCCAAAUGCACCGCACGUCGACCGUGAUGUUGCGUGGAAACGUUGGCGCGGAGCCCGGUGUCGAUCCUCGCAGGCAGAGCGCAUACCUGAACUAUGGGCACAUCCGACAGAAGUGUCUGAUUGACAUCAUCGACUAUUCUCCCUUGCGCGCGAGCUUUGGGAGGAUGACCAACGGGGAGUUCGUGCGGCUCCUUCAAAACCAGCAGGCGAGUGAGAAAGAGCCGUGGGUCAAGGUGCGGUGGAUUAACGUCGGAGGAAUCAGCUGGGACGUGAUCAGUACGCUUGCGUUGAAAUAUGACAUGCACCCGCUUGCCCUCGAAGAUGUUUUGCAUCAACGUGGACACGCGCGUUCCAAAGCUGACUAUUUCAGCAAGCACCUCUUCCUUCGCGUUCUCUGUCACACUCUUGGUUCCGGUCCUACCUCGACUGAACACCUUAGAGGCGCGUUAUUCAGCCAAGCAUCUGUCAGCUCUUCGCGGACGUUCACGAAUCUUCCCCGUUCGUCGUCCCCUCUACCUCUCGACGAGAAACUUGGCAUUGCGGAUGAAGAUGCUGAUGCGAACGGCGACGGCUAUGGCGAUGGCGACGGUUUGGCAGACUUUGGGGCUGAGGCACCCGGAGGGUCUAGUAGAGGACGCUUUGGGUGGGGCGAUAAAUCCCGCUUCUUUGACACCGAGGCAGGUGGAAAGUCAUCAACGCUGUUGUCCACGAAGCGUAAGCGUGCUGCAAAUGAUAUCACACUUGACCAACUCAAGAAGGGGCAGCGCGUCCAUGUACGCAUAACCCCCAUGUGUGUAUUCUUGUUUCGCGAUGGCACGGUCAUAUCUUUCCAUCCAGACCCUGAUCUCAAUUUCACAGCACCUAUUGCCACACGCUUGCGCCAGCGGGACACAACCCUACGCAAGACCGCAGAUCCCUCGUUGCUGGUGGAGAGUUUGCUUGACCUGAUUGUCGACUCUGCAUUGGAAGUCGUCGACGAAUAUCAUGCAAGGAUAAACUCCCUUGAGCGGCAAAUCCUUCUGAAGCCAAAAGUUAGGACUGUCCAGGACCUGCAUAUCCUGUCUGGAGAUCUUAUUUUACACAAGCGAACGAUGGGUCCAAUCAAGACCCUGCUUUAUGGCCUCCGACGUUAUGAUGUCGAUCGCUGCGCAGCAAUCAUUGACCCAGCCAAGGAAGGUCCGGACCAGAAGAUCAUCGGAUACAUGAGUCACAAGUCCAAGAUUUACCUUGCGGAUGUACACGAUCAUAUGGACUACAUACUUUCAAGUUUGGAUAUGUACGCGGCCAUGGCUGAGAACCUCAUCAAUUACACCUUCAACAUGGCCUCAUAUGAGACAAAUGAAGUGAUGCGACGGUUGACUCUUGCCACUAUCAUUUUCCUGCCGCUGACGCUGCUGACUGGGUACUUUGGGAUGAACUUCAAUGUCAUGUGGAGUGUCCAGGAUCACAGCGAUCUCUUCUUCUGGGAGGUUGCGAUACCAGUAAUGGUCGUGGUGAUCCCUAUAUUCAUGUGGGCGGAUAUUGAGCGUGUCAUCCAUUACAUCCAAAAGAAGAUCCUGGUUCGCAAAGUCAACAAGACCAUCAAGCGCGAUUGAGGAUGUGUCUAGACACUCUAUACCAUUUAUGACUCCUAUCUAUUUCAUUCAUCGUGGAACAUACGGUUUGUGUUAGUCCCAACCUCAGAUGUGUCGACUCAUCUCGCUGCCCGCUUACUUUCGGGCUCAUGGACUUCUGACAUCUACUCACUCCUUUCGUGUUUUCUUACCGCAUACCAAACAUCACACUCUUGACGAGCUUCGGCAUUCACACUGGCUAUCUAAUUUGCUUCUUGUGUAUAUUGUAGUAGAGACUGUUGUCACAACAGUGCGUGCUUGUGAUGUUACGAAACCCUCCCGAAAUAUACCACGGGUUGUUGACGCGUGUC